CCUGGGCCGGCGGCGCUUGUUGUUCAGCGGCGGCGGCCGAGCUCGGCUGUUGCCUCGGGCCUCGCCGCCGCCGGUCCGCACGCGGACAUGGAGCUGGAGGUGCCGGACGAGGCGGAGAGUGCCGAGGCGGGGGCCGUGCCCGCGGAGGCGGCCUGGUCGUCGGACAGCGGGGCGACGUCAGGCUCGGCGCAGAAGAAGUCGGGCUCGUCCGAGGCCCCGUCAAUGACAGGACAGCCCGGCCCUGGCCACGGGAAGAAGCUGGGUCAUCGAGGCGUAGAUGCAUCUGGAGAGACCACCUACAAGAAGACCACCUCGUCCACCCUGAAGGGGGCCAUCCAGCUGGGCAUCGGCUACACCGUGGGCAACCUGAGCUCCAAGCCCGAGCGGGAUGUGCUCAUGCAGGACUUCUACGUGGUGGAGAGCAUCUUCUUCCCCAGUGAAGGCAGCAACCUCACCCCCGCCCACCACUUCCAGGACUUCCGGUUCAAGACCUACGCGCCCGUGGCCUUCCGCUACUUCCGGGAGCUCUUUGGGAUCCGGCCCGACGACUACUUGUACUCCCUGUGCAACGAGCCUCUCAUUGAGCUGUCCAACCCGGGCGCCAGCGGCUCCCUGUUCUACGUCACCAGUGACGACGAGUUCAUCAUCAAGACCGUCAUGCACAAGGAGGCCGAGUUCCUGCAGAAGCUGCUGCCCGGCUACUACAUGAACCUGAACCAGAACCCGCGGACGCUGCUGCCCAAGUUCUACGGGCUGUACUGCGUGCAGUCGGGGGGCAAGAACAUCCGCGUGGUGGUCAUGAACAACGUGCUGCCGCGCGUGGUCAAGAUGCACCUCAAGUUCGACCUCAAGGGCUCCACGUACAAGCGGCGGGCCAGCAGGAAGGAGAAGGAGAAGAGUGCGCCCACCUACAAGGACCUGGACUUCAUGCAGGACAUGCCCGAGGGGCUGCUGCUGGACACCGACACCUUCAGCGCCCUGGUCAAGACGCUGCAGCGGGACUGCUUGGUGCUGGAGAGCUUCAAGAUCAUGGACUACAGCCUGCUGCUCGGCGUGCACAACAUCGACCAGCAGGAGCGGGAGCGGCAGGCCGAGGGCGCYCAGGGCAGCGCGGACGAGAAGCGGCCCGUGGGCCAGAAGGCGCUGUACUCCACGGCCAUGGAGUCCAUCCAGGGUGGGGCUGCCCGCGGCGAGGCCAUCGAGAUGGAUGACACGAUGGGCGGCAUCCCUGCCGUGAAUGGCCGAGGGGAGCGGCUGCUGCUGCACGUGGGCAUCAUCGACAUCCUGCAGUCCUACAGGUUCAUCAAGAAGCUGGAGCACACCUGGAAGGCCCUGGUCCACGACGGGGACACGGUGUCCGUCCACCGCCCCAGCUUCUACGCAGAGCGCUUCUUCAAGUUCAUGAGCAACACCGUCUUUCGGAAGAACUCCUCUCUCAAGUCCUCACCUUCCAAGAAGGGCCGAGGGGCCUUGCUGGCCGUGAAGCCCCUGGGGCCCAGUGCCGCCUUCUCCGCCAGCCAGAUCCCCAGUGAGCGGGAGGACGGGCAGUAUGACCUGCGGGGCGCCCGCAGCUACCCCACGCUGGAGGACGAAGGUCGGCCUGACCUCCUGCCCUGCACGCCACCCUCUUUUGAGGAGGCCACCACAGCCUCCAUCGCCACGACCCUGUCAUCCACCUCCCUCUCCAUCCCUGAGCGGUCCCCCUCAGAGUCCUCGGAGCAGCCUCGGUACAGGCGGCGCACGCAGUCCUCUGGACAGGAUGGCCGGCCCCAGCAGGAGCCGCACGUGGAGGAGGACCUGCAGCAGAUCACGGUGCAGGUGGAGCCUGCGUGCGGCGUGGAGAUGGCCGUCCCCAAGGAGGAGGACGCGGGGGUGGAGGCCUCCUUGGCCGGUGCAUCUGCCACCACCGUGGAGGUGGAGACGGCCAGCCAGGCCUCGGAGCCCGCCAGCCAGGCCUCGGACGAGGAGGACACGCCUGCGGCGGACAUCUACUUCUUCACCGAUGGGAGGUACUGGAUUUACUCUCCCCGCCAUCGCCGACUGCGGGCCGUGAUGCCGAGCCCCUCGGGGACUCCCACCGACGAGAGGAGCUGGGUGUACUCCCCGCUUCACUAUAGCGCGCAGGCCCAGCCCGCCCCCGAUGGCGGCGGCGGCGGCGGCAGCGGCAACAACACAGUAAGUGGCCGGUGGCCGCCGGCCCAGGCCGAGCCCAGGCGGCCGAGAGGUCAGCUGGGGAAGCAGGCGGGCGGGAGGGUGCAGUACCCGGCCUGGCAGCCCUGGGGCCAGGCGUGGUCAGGUGGGGUAGGGCCCACACAGGGGCCCGUGGGUGGCACGGGUGGGUGGCUGCAGCACCCCUCACCCGCCCCCGCUCUUGCAGUAAUCUCUAUGCAGCCCCCAACCUGGAGCCGAGCGCCCAGAGCGCCCACGCCGCGUGCUGCUCAGAGGCGUCACCUACCCCCCGAGGCCUGGAGCCCGGAGACCUGGCCCAACCUCAUCCUCCUUCGUCCUCCGGGGACACUGAUGGCCGAGCCCCUCCCCACCCCGACAGCUCUGGGCCACCUGGCGACCUGGGGCGUGGCGCCUGGUGACCAGCUGCACCCACAGGACGACGACCCCCAGAGCGUCACCGUGUAUUUAUUUUGGUCCUCACUCCGCACAGGACGGAAGCACCUGCGUGCUUUUUUAGAGAAAAAAAAAAGAAACAAACAGGAAGAGAUCCACCGCUGCUCUGCGGCCCGCGUGCCGGCCCGUCUGCCACGCCAGGGACCGGCCCAGCUGCCCAGAGCCCACACUCCGUCUCAGCCCGGCGGCCUGCGGAGGAGACCCGUGGCUGAGAGGGCAAAGGCCACUGUCUUUGCGGGUCCUGAGGCCACCCCGUCCUCACCUGGAAGCAGGAUCCCCCUCCCUCGGCCCAGGUGGGGGCCCUUGCGAGGCACAACAUCCCUCAGCAGUGGCCUUCACACCUGUCUCCAGCCACUAGGAGGGACGGCCCGAGACUGGGCGUCCAGCAAGAAGGUGGCAACCCAGACCUGGCACUGGGAGCCCCCACAGCUGCUCCCUCCUGGCGGAGCCCAGGGCCGGGGCCAGGUGGAGGGGGGACUGGCUGUCCCUGCCCAGCUCACUGGUGCCAGUGGAGAGGACCCCCUGGGGACACACCCCUUCAAAACAGUGUCCAGCUUUGGGAGGAGAGCCAGCCAGACCUCCGGUCACUGGGCACCACGGCUGGCAUCCCAGUGGGGGCCAGGCUGUGCUCAGGCCUGCAUGGCACGUGGGGGCACAUGGGCCCCAGGGGGGUGACCCUCUUCAGGGAUGGCCAUGCAUGUCUCCACUUGUCAUCUCCAGCAGGGACACCUGCUCCUAGGGGGACAGUGACYCCAGAGCCCCAUUGGGCAGUCACCUGGGCCCCGCUGUGUCUAGAGGGGGCAGGUUGGAGCCACCACUGCCUCCCACAGGACCCCUGGAGGGGCGUGUUGGGGUGGCAGGGCCUCGGUGGGCGCAGGGGGAGUGGACCUGCUGCAGAGGCCGCUCUGGCCCUCGCAGGGCAGAACGGCACAGGGACCAGUCCACCCGGGAAUGUGAAAGCCCGACCCAUCACCUGGCGCCUCCCUGGCCGCUGCUCAGGCCCUCCCGGUCCCCCCUGCAGCAAUGGCAGGGACCCGGCCAUCUCACGACCCUCACCUGGUGGCUGAUGCAGGGGCUCAGAGACCCCAUCAGGAGGGGCCUAUCUGGGGUCCCCAGUACCCGCCCGUCUCUGCCYAAGGAGGGUUUGUUCAGACAGAGCGUCCUUGGUCCCUGCCCAUCCUCGUGAAGGACACCCCGCAGAGAUCACAAGGGUCAUUUAGGAUCUGGGUGACUUGCAGGCACAGCUGCGUUGUCACUGCACCUGGGUCCCCAGGAGCCUUGGGCCUGGGGAUCGGAGGCCACGGGUGCUGGUGCGGCCACAGCAGGAGAGACUCGGAAGACCCCACAGAGUUCCGUUUUUGUGUUAAGUGUCACAAAGAACCCCUUGGAGAUCUGUGUGGUGUAGUGUUUUCUCCCUUUUGGGGACUGUCAAGCAGAUGUUAAAGUGCCCCUCUGAGCUUGUCAAGAGCCAUGUUUGCUUGUGAUUUGGGGGGCUGGGGAGCCAAGGCCUGUUUCUGAUGCUGGGCGCACUCCUGGCCUCCUCAGACUCCCCGAGAGGAAGGCACUGGGCUCACCGGCCGCCUCCCCUCCCAGGAGGUCUGUAAAUACUGUCGUGAUCUGCUGCCCGGCUCGGCCCUCUGAUGGCUACUACUGCUCAGGCUGUGUCUGGUGUCCGGAUGCAGCUGUGAAUCAUAAAGAACUCGGAGGCCGACAAGGUGGAGACUCCCACAAGUCCUCUUCCAGCCUCUGUCCUUCUAAGCCAUUCCAAUGCGUCCCUGUGCACCCCACACCUGGCUCAGUGCAAUACUCCUGUCCCCAUGGGGUCCCAUGCCAUGGUACUCUCGCCGCAGCCCCUCGGUCCCCACCCCAGGACAACAUCCCCCCUCUUUUUCUCUGGUGGUUGAAAACUGCGUCCCCUGACCCUGCCCCGUCUUGUUUUUAUGGCCGAGCCAAUUCCAAAACAACUGCAAACCUUGUGUGUCUUAGCUGUCACCGGGGGUUCCCUGUCCUCAGCCCCUGUGGUCUGGUGUGUGACAAUCCAGAGCAUGGCUUCCCCUGGCACUGACAAGGAGGCCGUGUCCCUCCGACCCAGAGCGCGGGGUGCCUCUGACAGUGCGGCUGCUGCUGGCCCCAGAUAGCACUUGUACGCAGCUCGGGCCCCACCCCCACCACCCCCCCUUUUUAUGUUGAGGAUAUUCUAAUAAAUCGGGUAUAAACAUCGACCUGCCUCUGCUGCCACUCUGUGGGCUCUGCGGUUUGGCUGGGGGUUAGAGACCACUGAAUCGCAGCCAAAGGAAACGUCUGUGAGAUUUUAACAAUAGUGAGACCCACCUGUCAUCCCACUGACCCCAGAGGCUGAGGCAGGAGGGUCCCUUGAGCCCUGCCGUCUGGGGCCAGCCUGGGCAACACAGUGAGACCCCGAUAGGUGAACAGGUGUGACCUCCUCUGCACUCCAGUUCUGCUCAGAAAACACUUCCAAGCCUGCCUUUGUCACCCAGGAGUCCCAGCUCAAAGGAACAGACCCCACCCCAGAGUCUUCAUUCCUUCUUCCAGAGUUGACCCAAGGAAGUGAAAUAUGGAUCUCUUUGGGAGGAAAAUGAUUCUCUAAAAUUGAGAGACUGCCCUGAAGGCAGGCCCUGGCUGUAAGCAAGCCCUGGGAAUGCUGGUUGGUUGCAGAGGUGGACUUGGAAAGAGCAGGGCUCCGGUGAGAUGGACACAGAGGUCUCUCGUUUUCUUCCUGGCCUCCAAUAAUAGCACGUUCUGCUGAGGAUGUCRCUUGGGUACAAUGCCCCAUAUGUGCAAACCCGGGUCUGCAAACAGGAAGAAGAUGGGCUCUCGGGGGCACAUCUGCGUGUUUCAGAACUGGAGACCAGGGCUCCUCCCGUUGGGCCCAUCCUGUCACCUCCCGUCCCGUGGCCUUUGGCAGGACCACUAUCAGGAGCAAGAGGAGCGGGUCCUGGGUUCCUUUGGAGGAGCAGAGCACACACAGGAGUGUUGAGAGCACAACCCAGUCAAGAUGGCGCCUGGCAUUUUGCCAGAAGGAGUGGUGGAGGGGUAGCGCCAGCGAGCCAUUAAGAUGAUGAUGGUUGAGUUGAGCUGAGUAUAAUUAUUGGGAUGAUGACUGAUUGCUGUAACUGGAUGAUGAUAAAUUGAAGCAAGCUGUGUAUUCAG